AUGUCAUCGCAUCGCGUCUCACAGCCCAUCUUUACAAUCUCACAUGCGAUGUCUUUCGCUCCGCGCCAUCAUGAUGACGAAUUUCGUAGUCCCCUGCUUACUUCUAGUUCCCGUACAGCACAUCAGCACAAGGGCUCACCUCCUCCUUCCUCCGCCCCAUUCCUCGCGUCGAUGCAUGAGUUUGAGCUCCGGUUUCGAACCAGGGUUGCGUCUGAGCCUGCACCAAGCUGGAGACGGCUUUUGAGGCGCAUUGAGAACAACUUGUACAGCCUGGACGAAGCUGGAACACUGUUGUUUGUCGUAACGCGGAUGACAGGGCUGCUGGCCGCACUGGCUGUCGCUGCUGUGACGGCUCUCGCGAUCAUUCUGGUGCCAGGCGUGGAUGUGCUUUUGAGGCGCCUCAAAGAUGGGAGGACGGAUGAAGCGACCGUGCUGGUCACAGGGGUGCUGGCUGCUCCUGUCGUUGCUCUGGUCAGAGUUGCUCUCAUGAUGGAUCCACGCGAGAAUAUCCCUCACCAGUGGUACAUCAUCUUUCCAGCAUGGGCGGCUUUCGUGAUUCUGGGCUUGUGGUCGGACGUCUGCCAGACACAGACCAGAGCGUGGGUGGGCCGGCAAGGUUUGGUGGCAAAAGAUGAGCUGCCGAAGCUGACAAGUGCAGCCGUUUCCUUCCUGGAAUAUGUAAUCUCAGCUCUCUUUAACAUUUUUGGAACACAAGAGGCUAGUGAAGAGGCUCCCAUUCGUUCAAGGCAGCAGGAGGAAACAGCUGCGCUGAUACACGCCAUGCAAGCCCGGAUUUAUGCGCUUGAAGGGCAGCUUUUAGAGACAAGGAGAGAACUGUGGGAGACAAGGAGGAGACUGGAGUAG